GAUUUGACGAUCCAGCGAAAUAGUUGACAACUGAUAAACUGUGACCCGCGUAGUCCGGGUGUUCAUUCAUUGCAGGAAGCGUUCCUCUAAAUUUGUUAAAAUGUGGUUAAAAUUUGUGAUUCUGUGCUUCGUGUUUACUUUUGGAAGCAGUGAAGAUGCUUCUCACAUCGAGACGACAACAGUGUCCCAACUUGCGGAGGGUGAAGAGAAAAUAAGCGAAUACAUACUGCAAGUAUUGGAGCAUUUCAAAAAACCAAAUCCAGUUGGUCUACCUGGAGCAAAAAUACCAGAACCCUACUAUGUGCCAGACAUGAAACAAUCUAUUUCACUUGGAACAAUGUAUUUCAAGAACACUGCAGUCUAUGGUAUUAGCAAAUUUCGCAUUUUACAUGUAGACGCUGAAAUGGGUGCUAUGGAAGUUCAUGCAGCGAUUGCAAUAGACAAACUUCAAGCACGCGGUAAUUACACUAUGGCAACAUGGUUAAGCAAAGUGCAAGGUCCAUUCACGGUAGACGUAACUGGAAUAAAAAUAACAGCUAAAGCAAAUCUUGGAGUAGAAAGAGAUGGGAAAAUAAGAGCCCAAGACAUCGUUAUCGAUAUUGGUUUCACUAAUAUUGCCAUGGACUUCCAAAAUGCUGGUUUCUUGGGUGGAAUGUUGCAGGGUGUUGUGAACUCAAUGGGAACAUUCCUGUUUGAUUCCAUUAAACCAUACAUUCUAAAAGAGGCAUACACGAAAGCAAGAGAGGAGAUAAAUAAGAAACUCGAUGAAGUAGCGGGUGACAUGCAAUUCCCGAAUUCCAUAUCUCCCUUAGAUAUGGUUAUAGCUGACGCAAGGAAAAAGGUUAGAGAUAUGCAAAUGGACCCCUACAAAAUACAAGAUUAUAACACUACGGUCAGCAUUUUCACAGUGACUCUAUCUAAUACGUGGGUCACGGGAAUAUCAUCAUUCCACAGAGUCGGUAAUAUCACUUUAAUGAUGGAAAAAAAUACUGUUAUAGCUGAUUUUGAAAUUGGUACGCAAAAAUUAGAAGGCACAACUCAUUGGGAUAUUUCAGCUAUAGGCGGUUUAAUGUCAAGAGCUGGUAGUGCGUCAUUUUCAGUGGAAUAUAUAAGUGGCAGAAUCAUUCUAGCACAGCCUCUAGACACGAGAGAAAAACCGAUAUUUAGGGAUUUAGAUCUUGAAGUUGGUAAUAUCCAAGUACGUUUCGACGGAGCGGGAACUAUAGACUACGUUGUAGAGUUAGCAGUAAAUGUCCUACCUAAUUUACUUCGUUACCAAAUCAUGGAUGCCUUAGAAACGCCUAUAAAGGAAAAGGUUCAGCAAGAACUGAACAAAAUCAAUGUUGAAGAAAUGAUAAAGCAAGAAUUACCAAAGGUUGACCAAAUGCAGGAAGGGGGUGGUCUCAAAUUAUCAACUCUUAUAGCCUCAGAAAGUAAAGAAGAACCAUAUGACGAAGAUGAAUUUUUUAACUUCUAGAUGUAUCAAUAAAUUGACGCAAUCAGUUUUCAUUUCAUACAUGGUUAAACUGUAACCCAAAAAAGCUUUUGCGCAUUAUUGGUUAUAUAUUAAACAUAUUAUAUCAACUAUUACAUUCUUAAAAAAAAGUAUUUAAAAGUUGAAAUUUAUAGCAUUUUAAGAGUCAACAUUAUUUUCUUUUUGUUUUUUUCUUGACUCUUGUACAGCGAAUUUUUAAUAAAAUUGUGAAAUCAUUGUUCAAAAAAUGCAAAUGAAUAAAAAAGAAUUCAAAUUAAUAAAAAAUUAUGAAUUAGGUACGUACUAGUCAGGUACAGUUUAAGAGACAGAAAUCGUUAAUGAAAAUUUAGGUUUUUACUGUACAUUUACUCUUAGUAUAGAUUGAUAUACAACAAACAUUAUAUAAAAAUCGUAAUAUU